AUGGCGACUUUAAGCCCUAUAACAUCUUCGUUCACAACUUCUGCCACCCCUUCCCCUACAAUCAUUACCUCAAAUCUCGACGCAACGGAUACAAAGUCCACCUCCUGCUGCACAAUUACCGACGGUGGAGGAUACCCAUUCCCCACCACACCUCUCGUCACUUUGAUUAUUCUUACAGUUCUCACUUGGAUAUUCCUUAUUAUCACUUGUUACGAGCUAUCGAAACACCAAUCUGAAGUUGACAAGCUCGAGGAAGCAGAAAGACAGAGACUCGUGGGGGAGCUAUAUUUGAGAAAAAAGCAUGAAAAUGUCAUUCGAAAGGAGAUUUGGGAAGAAGACUUCCAGCGGGAUGUGGCUCGCAUGAUGCAAAUUCAAGCUCUAGAUGAAAAAUACAAUCAUGCUGUCAAUCCGUAG